AUGGACGCCUCCUCCCUCCGCAUCUCCAAGUUCGAUGGAACUAACUUCCACGCCUGGAAGUUCAAGAUGCAGAUGGUGCUGGAGGAACGGGACCUAUGGGAGGUCGUCAGCGGUGAGAUCAAGGCGGAACAGUGCGAGACUCAGUUGGACCAAGCGACGUACAAGAGGAAGUCAAGAAAGGCGAUGGCAGUGAUCUGUCUAGCCAUGGAAGAUUCCCAGCUACCGUUGGUCCGGUCGGCAAGUGGUGCAUGCGACGCAUGGUCAAGGUUGGAAGACCACUUCGAGAAGAAGAGUCUUGCCAACAAGCUGUUCUUGCGCCGUCGCUUCUUCACGACAAUGAUGGAAGAAGGCGACGAUGUGCUCGAACACAUCAACAAGCUCAAGACGCUGGCGGAACAGCUAGAAGCGGUGGGGGCUCCAGUCUGCGAGGACGAUCUGGUGAUCACACUUCUCGGCAGCCUGAGUGACUCGUAUCAAUUCUUGAUCACAGCUUUGGAGUCGCGCUCAGACACUCUUAGCUGGGAGCUCGUGACGUCUCGACUGCUUCAUGAAGAAAUGAAGCGGAAGGAGCAAGGAAGUAAAGGUGAUGAAGCUUCGCAAGGUCAAGCGUUCAUCACAAGGGACAAUCAGCGCAAAGGGCGACCAGUGAAGAAGUCCUGGCCGUGCCACAAUUGCGGAAAGAUUGGUCACUGGAUGGCGGAGUGCCCCUCGCGCAUCCAAGAAAACACGGAGAGACACCGGCCACAGCGUGCUCAAGACAGCGGCGACCGCUAUCGAUCACAACGUGCAAACGUCGCUCAAGAAGAAGACUCGGGCGACUACCUCUUUUCGAUCGGUGAAACGACAUCUGCGAAAUCGAGCGACAUCUGGCUGGUCGACUCCGGGGCGACGCAGCACAUGACGUGCUCCAAGAAGUUCAUGCGGAACUACAAGGGGUUUGACGCUGUGGAUGUCCAUCUCGCGGAUGAUGGAAUCGUCCAAGCAAUCGGCAGUGGGGACAUUGUCAUGUCGAUGAAGACACCCCAAGGGAUGAAGAAAGGUGUGCUCACAAAGGUGUGGCACAUCCCAAAGUUAUCCAGAAACCUGUUCUCGGUCGGCCGCUUCAUCAAGGAUGUCGGCCCAGUGACGUUCACGAAGGAUGGGUGCUAUGGAGAAGCGAAAGGGACCAAGUGGAAAAUUGGUGCCCGUGAAGGUAAAGGACUGUUCAAGCUGCAAAUGACUCCAGUGGCGCCGGAACAAGCAAAUGCAGCCAAGUCGUCGGGAUGUCAAGGGGGCACCAAGUCGUACCUCUGGCACCUUCGGCUUGGCCACAUAGGUCACGAUGGACUCAAUUGCAUCGUGACGAAGAACAUUGGAAUUGGCAUCGACAUAUCUUCGGUGAAGAAGUGGGACGUGUGUGAAGGUUGUGCUCUGGGAAAACAGACUCGAGUGCGCUUCCAAUCAAACACUACAGCUCGCACCUCCAAACUCCUCGAAGUGAUUCACAGCGACGUAUGCGGACCGAUGUCGAUGGCAACUUUCAGUGGAAAACGGUACUUCGUGACAUUCAUUGAUGACAAGUCAAGAUACUGUGUCGUCUAUCUGCUCAAGAGCAAAUCUGAAGUUGCGGCGAAGUUCAUGGAAUACGCUGCGAUGGCCGAAACGCAAACCGGAAAGCGCGUGAAGUACCUUCAAAGCGACAAUGGGGGUGAAUACAAGUCCGACAAGCUGGCACGAUUCUGCGCGGAACGGGGAAUACAACAAAGGUUCACACCCCCAUAUACUCCUCAGCUAAACGGAGUAGCUGAGAGAAUGAAUCGCACGCUGGUCGAGUGUGCGCGUUGCAUGAUGGAACACGCUGGACUGGGAAAGAGCUACUGGGGUGAAGCAGUGAUGACGGCGAUGUUUCUUCGAAACCGCUGUCCAACACGUGCCAUUCACCAAGACAAGUCUCCAUAUCAAGUGUGGACGAUGAAGAAACCGAUUCUGGCCAACCUUAAAGUGUUUGGAUGCCACGCGUAUGUUCAAGUGCCUCAAGACAAACGCGCGAAGUUCGACUCCAAGUCAUCACUCUGUCGUUUCCUGGGAUACGCCGAACACCAGAAGUCAUAUCGAUUUGAGGAAGUGUCAACAGGAGCGAUCAAGAUCAGUCGCGAUGCCACAUUCAUGGAAGACAAGUUUGAUGAAGGUCCGCGCAACUACAACGAUGAGUCAAGUGUCGUUGAGUUUGAUGAUCAUGAUGAGGACGAAGAAAAAGAAGAAGGUAAAACUGACGACGACAUGGACUCGAGCGACGAUGACAACGAAGACACCAGGUCUUCGAAGAGCAACAUCAAGAGACACACGCGCACUCAAUCACUUGAGAAAGCUACCGUCAUUCCAAGUCCCAAGCGAAGAACAUACAGAGGUCCGUCGCUUGAGCAUGUGUCAGCGGCUGCAAUGGAUUUUGAAGCAGCCUACAUCGUUGAUUCAGUGGGGGAAACGCCGACUACAUUCAAGUCGGCGAUGGAAUCAAGCGACUCCGGCAAGUGGAAAGAAGCGUGUGACUCGGAGUUCGAUUCGCUUCAGAGAAACGACACGUGGGAAAUCGUGCCUCUUCCGAAAGGUCGCAAGGCCAUCGGGUGCCGAUGGGUUUUUCGUGUAAAGGAGAAUCAAGAUGGCGAAGUUGAACGUUUCAAGGCAAGACUUGUGGCCAAAGGAUUCUCACAGAAAUUCGGAGUUGACUAUGAAGAAACUUUCGCACCGGUGGCCAAGUUCACAUCGAUUCGUGUGGUGCUCAGUAUGGCGGCUAAGUACGGCCUAAUGCUACAUCAGAUGGACGUCAAGACAGCGUUUCUUAACGGCUCCCUCAACGAAGACAUCUACAUGGACCAGCCGGACGGAUACCUGGAUGCAACACAGCCGGACUAUGUGUGCAAGCUAAAGAGAUCACUCUACGGCUUGAAGCAAUCGCCUCGCAUGUGGAACCAAACAAUCGAUGGGUUCAUGAUCAAGAUGGGAUUCAAGAAGUGCGAAUCGGACCACUGCAUCUACAUCAAGCGAGACGACCAAGACAUGAUUCUCGUGGUGCUCUACGUCGAUGAUCUCAUCCUGGCCAGCAGCAACAACGAACUCCUCAAGUCAACCAAGAUGGCGCUGAGAAAACGCUUCGAAAUGACGGAUCUCGGUGAGCUCGAUUACUUUCUCGGCAUGGAGAUCAAGAACGACCGUAAGACGGGAAUGGUGACUGUACAACAAACCAAGUUUCUCAAGUCCGUGUUAACCAAGUUCGGAAUGGAUAACAGCAAGCACGAAGACACCUCUGCUGCAGUGGGAUCAUUAUCCCAGUUCUCGUCCGACCCAUGCCCGACUCACUGGCAAGCUUUGAAGCGUGUGCUGAGAUACCUGCAAGCAACGCCCAAUCAUGGUCUUGAGUUUACACGUGAAGAAGGAAGCCGUAUCUGCGGGUACACCGACGCAGACUGGGCCGGCGACAUUGAGUCAAGACGAAGUACAAGCGGCUAUGUGUUCAUGAUGAGCGGAGGAUGCAUCAGCUGGAAAAGACAGAAACAACGGACGGUCGCGCUAUCUUCAACAAAAGCAGAAUACAUGGCGCUUUCCGAAGCAACCAAAGAAGCAGUAUGGCUCAAAGUGCUUUUGGGGGAACUUGGUGAGAUGACAAGCGACGAAGCGAUCAAGAUGUAUGAAGACAACCAAGGAUCAAUCGCUCUCGCCAAGAACCCGGAGUUCCAUAAGAGAACAAAACACAUCGACAUACGCUACCAUUUUGUGCGUGAGAAGGUGGAAUCAGGUGAAGUCGUUUUGGAGUAUUGCCCGACUCAAGAUAUGCUGGCAGACAUGAUGACCAAGCCGAUCGCCGCUGUACAAUUUGAAAACAUUCGCGAUCGACUUGGGAUCCAAGGUGCCGCAGCUAACGAGUCGAGAGGGAGUGUUGAAAAGACAGCGGCUGUGAAGAAGACACCUCGUCAAGCUGCGUCAAGUGUUGAAGCAAGUGGAAGACCAAGCUUCGCUAUACCGGUGGGUACCGGUAUGUACCAGUAA